AUGAUUCGAGAUAAAGUAAUACCAGAGAAGAAGGGCGAGGAGCCCCGCCUCGACUCAGGCGCAGCGCUCUCAGAUCCUGUUGCGCUUUCCGAUCCCCCUGCAUUUAUCGGUGGAUCAGAGCCAGACGACAAGCUCACGAUGCCCACUCUUCGAAACACCAACUGGGAUUACGGUGCUCCGAAAGCCCGCUACCGUAAAAAUGAGCUACAGCUGCGGCAACCAAAGGCAUUUCCCAUCAAAGUGCUCAAGAUCACGCUCAGCCGCGCUCACGAAGAGGCAGAACUUGAGGCAGCGGCGAAGCGAUACGUCGACCCCGAAUUCGAGAUCUAUGAGGACUUGGAGCAAGACGACUACAACGUCAAGAUAGAGGACGAGGGCGAGGACGAGGAAGCAGAGGAGAUUGCAGAGAAGGUUGCGGAGGGUUUCGCAUACGACAGUGCGGAUGGCAGCGCAGACGACAGCGAUGCUUCCACUGAGCUUCCAGUCUCCAAAACCAUCACCAGGAAGCCUGCUGCGCUUGUCGACAGUCGUGGACGUACUCGCGCAGCUACAACCCUACGCAAGGCUCAAAAAGUGUCUGAAUCUACUAUGCCGACAAGCGUCUCACCCGAAAAUAAAGAGGAUGCAACGGUAGACAACAAGAAGCACAAGCAUGGAAGCACGCGAGUUGCCAAACAACCGAGGAAGACACUGCCGAAGAAGCCAGUUUAA